GUUUUAGUUUGCUAGCGGAACUGUCUGUGUUCCGCCUUCAUAUCUGGUCGGGAAACUUUGUGGGAGCACAGGGUUCGCGCUCUCAACAACGUAGCUUGCUGAGAACAUGCCGAAGUUUUAUUGUGACUACUGUGAUACAUACCUUACACACGAUUCGCCUUCAGUGAGGAAGACUCACUGCAGCGGCCGAAAACACAAAGAAAAUGUGAAAGAUUACUACCAGAAAUGGAUGGAAGAGCAGGCCCAGAGCUUGAUCGAUAAAACAACGGCUGCGUUUCAGCAGGGAAAGAUUCCUCCCACACCCUUCCCUGGUGGUCCUCCCCCAGCAGGACCUCCACGCCCAGGCAUGCUACCAACACCGCCAAUGGGAGGCCCUCCUAUGAUGCCCAUGAUGGGGCCUCCACCACAUGGGAUGAUGCCCGGUGGGCCUGGAGGCAUGAGGCCACCGAUGGGAGGACCCAUGCAGAUGAUGCCAGGACCCCCACACAUGAUGCGUCAUCCUCGUCCCAUGAUGAUGCCCGUCAGGCCGGGCAUGGUGCGACCAGACAGAUAAGACCAAGCGGACUUUGCGCUCUCGUUGUUGCCAUGAACAGAUACUGUCCAGGGAAGAUUUUUGGUUUUUUUUCAGUGCGAACAAAAACCUUGUCAUUGUCAUUUUUUUGAAUGCUUGUUUUCUGGUAUUUAUUACUAUUCACUGGGUUUGAGUCAAUCUGAGAACCUUUUUACAAAGUUUAUUUUUUUUAAACAGCAUCCUCACUUUUAAAAUGGUGAUCUCUCCCUCCGCAGGCGUACUGUUCAGCUCACAUGCGAGUGUUUGACUUGAUGUUAGUCAUUUUUUUUCUUUCCCUUCGUUGUACUUUUAAAUGAUUUUGUAUCUCACUUGCAUUGUAUGGGAAAUAAAAACAAUGUUUUGAAAAUA